GAGCAUAAAAAUCAAUAAAUAUCGGAGUUUGUUUUGUUAUUAUAAAUUGUUUUUUAAGCUGACCUUGUGGUAUCCAUAUAAUAAGUCUAGCGCCGUGUUAUUAGUGAGUUAAUUCAAAAUGAGCCGGAUGAUCAUUGCGUGCGCAGUUUUGUCGGUAGCUGCGGCAGCCGUCCUCUCUGAGGAUGCUCAAGCUCAGAUAGUGGACUACGUUAACAACAAUGACGGUACUGGCAACUAUAACUUCAGAUUCCAGACAUCCAAUGGCUUAGUACGUGAAGAAAGUGGCAUUGUGGUCAACCCGGGACAAGAAGACCAAUAUAUAGACGUUCAGGGAUCAUACUCUUACAUAGAUACUAAUGGAGCAGUCGUCGACGUCAAAUACAGUGCUGACAAAGACGGUUAUCACUUUAAUGAAAAUAUUAUGGGCCUUCCACAAACUGUAGUGGCUUCGUUAUUGGGAUAAAAAUGAAAUGGUGUUUAUGCAAUACAAAAUAAGUGUCCCGCCAUAAUCAAAUUUACCAAAAUAUAUUAUGCACUUCGUGAUAGAAGCUAACUUUAAAAUUAUUUUAGAAACUUUUUGUAAAUCGGCAACCCGCUACCAAUUCAACCACCACUUCCAGUUGCUGCAGUAGCUUCAUUGUUAGGAUAAAAAUAAAAUGAUGUUCAUCCAAAAUGAAAAAUAAUAAAUCUUGGAAAAUAUUAUCAAAUAUUUAUU